CGACACUCGCUAUCUUAUCUGUUCACCUCCAAUAAAGCGAUAAGGCGGAAAUGUGACUGGUACUGGCGCGAUAAGAGGCGUACAGGAGAGAAAAGUCUACGUGAAAAGGUGCGAAUUAAUUGAAAAUCCAUUGCACCUUUAGAUGUAUUCCUUUAUUGCAACGGAAUAUAAUGGUGAGGUAUGAUGAUAACAAAAUGUCUUCGUCCCAUGCGAUCAGGAUUACCGUCGUCGGUGAUGGUGAUACUGGAAAGACGUGUAUGUUGAUUGUGUAUAAAGAUAAGAAAUUCGAUAAUAGAUAUGUUCCAACUGUAUUCGAUGUAUACUCAAUGAAUAUUCCGAUCAAUGGGGUAGAAUACAAGGUAAUUUUAUCGGAUACGGCCGGACAGGAGGAUUUCGAUAAACUCAGAAGACUGGCAUAUAAAGACGUAGACGUAUUUAUAGUUACUUAUGCGGUUAACGAGAGAACGUCCUAUGAAAACGUGUUCCUCAAAUGGGCGCCGGAAUUGAAGAAAUUCGCACCCAAAGCGAAAAUUAUAGUAGCAGGCACCAAGCAGGAUUUAAGGACGAAUUCGCGGGCGCACGUCAGUCACGAAGAGGGCGAAGCCCUGGCGAAGGACGUGAACGCGCACGGUUUCAUCGAAAACUCCUCGAAAAAUAUGAGUUUCAUAGACGAAACUUUCCAAAUGGCCAUAUCCGUGGUUGUUUACAAUCAAAACUUCCUGAAAGCGAAAAGGAGAAGCCACAAUUUGUGUAUAUGUUUGUAAAUAAAAAAAUCCACGAAAUAUUCGAUAGAUAUUUUUCAGCUAGAUAUUAGAGUAAUUAACUUGUUAAUUAUUGUUUCGUUACAAUUUAAAUUUGCACUCGAUAAAUUUUUAUCUACACCUGUAAAAUCGUAAUUGCCAAACAACUGAUAAAAUAUUUGAUAGAAUGUAGCAACUUCAUCGUGUUGUUUUGUAAUAUCGCAGAAACUAGUAAUUUUAAUUUAAAAAUUCAU